UCAAGUACUCCACUUCUCUGCCUCUCCCCGACUCCCUCACGCUACCACGCUGCCAGCUCGUCGAUCGACCUCCGUCCAGACGCGGCCGCCGCACAAUUCCUGCUUCUCCCCCUUACGCGCGCCGGGCGCCCUCAAUCGUUCGAAUCCGACUGUCCAGGUCCGGCUCUCUCUCGUUUUCCGCGUCUCCGACUCUCCCUCACGCGAUCACGCGGGCCUGAGUCUCCGGCGAGGCUUUCUAAAUAUCAACAUCACACUGACCAGUGCCCGCACCAUCUGGAUUUUCUGGCAUCGGUCUCUCCUGGGUUCCCAAUUUCAGCCCUAGACCCUAGGGUUCUUCCGAGUCUUAAUGGAGGAAGAGGGAAACACAUCUAGUAACCAGAGAGUUGGAGAGACUUCAGAGUCUGUUUUAGCUGUUGCUACUGAAAGGGGCACGAGUUUUCUGGCUGAAGAAGAAGAAGAAGAAGAAGAAGAAGAAGAAGAAGAAGAAGAAGAAGAAGAAGAUGAUGAUGAUGGUAAUUUUAAAUUUGAAGGAAAGAUGAAUCCUUUGGACUUUAUGGAAGAUGAUGGUUCUACAAUCCAACUUUAUGAGAAACUUGAGUCACUGGAAUAUGAAGCCAUGGCUAAGAAAAAGCGAAAAGUGCUUGAAGACCACCAGCGUGAAGGGUCAGCAAAGAAGGCUAGGCAUGACAAUGUUGCUGGAGCAAGUUUUGAUGAAAUAAUGGAAGCUAUGAAUUUUGGUGUCCGCAGGAAAAGAAGAAAGCCCAAGAAAAGAGGUAGGCAGAAGGGAUCCAAGAAUAAACUUAGCCCUGAAAUCACACGAAUGCUUGGUGACGCUACUCUUCACUAUGCCCGUGGCGGCUACAAAGAAGCCAUUUCUGUGUUAAAAGAAGUUGUUCGGAUAGCAUCUAAUUUGCCAGAACCAUAUCAUACACUAGGGCUCAUAUAUAAUGCAAUGGGUGAUCAUAAUAAAGCCAUGAAUUGCUAUAUGCUUGCUGCUCAUUUGAUGCCAAAGGAUUCAUCUCUGUGGAAAAUGCUCGUCUCCCUGUCUGUAGAACAGGGGAAUACUGGUCAGGCUAGGUACUGCCUUUCUAAAGCAAUUACAGCAGACCCUGACGACAUAACCCUUAGAUUUCUUCGUGCAUCGCUCCAUGUUGAGCUUGAAGAGUAUCAAAAGGCUGCGGAGUCAUAUUUUCAAAUAUCAAGAAUCUGUCCUGAGAAUGUUGAAGCUUUGAAGAAGGGCUGUGAGUUGUACCUUAGAUGUGGGCAGGUUGAUCGCUCCAUCAGCAUUUUGGAAGAGUAUCUCAAAGAUCACCCAAAUGAAUCUGAUUUGAGUGUGGUUGAUCUGCUGGCUGCUAUGUGCAUGGAAAAUAAUGUACAUUAUAAAGCUCUUCUGCAUAUUGAGCAUGCCCACUUGAUUUACUGUUCUGGGAAAGAGUUGCCAUUAUCUCUAACAAUUAAAGCCGGAAUCUGCCAUGUUCAUAUUGGAAAUAAGGAGAAGGCAGAGUCUCUCUUCAGUGUCUUGCAACGGGAGGAUGCAUAUGAUCAUGGGGACUUAAUUAUUAAAGUUGCUGACACAUAUAUGAGUCUUGAGCAUUAUGAAUCUGCAUUGAAGUAUUAUCUAAUGUUGGAAGGGAGAGGUGAGAAUGGCCUUUUACAUUUGAAAAUUGCUCAAUGUCACACGGCCUUGAAGGAAAGAGUAAAAGCAAUACCAUUCUUCUACAAGGCUUUACGCUCACUCGAGGACAAUAUUGAUGCUCGGUUAACAUUGGCUUCACUUCUCCUUGAAGAAAAUGAUACUGAUCAAGCCAUUUUAUUGCUUUCUCCUCCAAAAGGUUCAGAAUUGACCUUAGACCUCAAUUAUGAUGGACAUAAACCGUGGUGGCUUGAUGGGAAAGUGAAAAUGAAGCUUUCCCAAAUUUAUAGAGCUAAAGGGAAGCUUGAGGACUUCGUCAGUGUAAUCUUUCCUGUUGUUCGUGAGUCUUUAUUAAUUGAAACUCUUCAACAACGGUUCAAGACAAAGAAAAGGCUGUCAAAAGGCAUUCUCUUUGAAAGACUGAAAGUACUAGACGAUCAUCAAGAAAAUAAUGUAUUUCAUGGAUUUAGACCAGUUGCUACUCCAUCAGAUUUGUUGAAGGCUGCCAGAGCAAAGAAAUCACUUCAAAAAAAGGAAAUAUUGAAGGAAAAAAGGAAAGCUGCAGCCUUGGUUGCUGGAGUGGAUUGGCAAAGUGAUGAUUCAGAUGAUGAGCUUCCGCCGAAAGCAUUAAGAGAGCCUCCCCUGCCUAAUCUUCUGAAAGAUGAAGAGCAUCAACAUCUUAUCAUUGAUUUGUCCAACACGCUGGCAUCCUUGCAAAGGUACGAGGAAGCACUAGAAAUCAUUAAUCUGACUCUGAAACUGGCCUACAAUAUAGUGCCCCUUGAGAGGAAGGUGGUGCUUCAAUCUCUUGGAGCUCAGAUAGCAUACAACACAGAUCCGACACAUGGGUUUGACUGUGUAAGGUACAUUGUUCAGCAGCAUCCAUAUAGCCUCGCUGCCUGGAAUUGCUAUUACAAAGUAAUUUCAAAACUAGAGAAUCGAUAUUCAAGGCAUGCGAAGUUCUUACAUGGCAUGCGAGUCAAAUACAAGGACUGUGUAGCACCCAUUAUCAUUUUUGGGCAUCAGCUUACCAUGAUUAGCCAGCAUCAAGCAGCUGCGAGGGAAUACUUAGAAGCUUACAAACUGAUGCCUGAGAGCCCCUUGAUCAAUCUCUGCGUGGGUACUGCCUUAAUCAACUUAGCACUUGGAUUUAGACUACAGAACAAGCAUCAAUGUGUGGCUCAAGGCUUAGCAUUCCUCUACAACAAUUUGCAACUUUGUGAGAGUAGCCAGGAAUCCUUGUUUAACAUAGCCCGCGCAUAUCAUCAUGUUGGCCUUGUUUCUCUGGCGGCAUCAUAUUAUGAAAGGGUGCUUGCAAGUCAUGAAAAGGAUUGUCCUAUCCCCAAGCUUCCAAAUGAGAACCAAAAUCUAGAAACUACAAAGAAGCCAGGUUACUGUGAUCUCCGCAGAGAGGCAGCUUAUAAUUUGCACUUAAUCUACAAAAAUAGCGGAGCAUUUGAUCUUGCAAGGCAGGUCCUGAAAGAUCACUGCACUUUGUAGAGAUGCACACAAGAUCAUCAUCCAUCUUAGAUACUGGUGGGAAAUAGAUGUGGGCAAAGUUGGAUGAGGAGAUACCAUGUGAGGUCAAUUAUUUGGUUUACAAGAUCAUUGCAUCGGAGUAUAAUUUUGGUUUUCGAUGUUUAACGAAAAAAGGAGUGCAUGACAGUUGAUGUAUACCCUAUUUAUUCUCAAUGGUUCAACAGUGUACGUUGUUAAUAAAGGAUGUUUUGCAGAUGUA